GCUUGACUGUUUCCUCUCAGUAGAAGAGCACACUGGGGAAUGUAAAAGUGAGAAGUGAUUUCUCCUUCACUAUCAGUAAAAAAUGGACAAAUCAAGUGGCUGGUUUUUCUUUUUGAUCUGUUUUGUAUGUUUAUCUCAAACGGCAAAUGGUGUUAUCAUGGAGAAACUGGCUUACAAAAAGAUUUGUGCAGACAAGGAUUGUUCAUAUGUGAUUUCAAUGGCCAAAGCUCUUGAUGACUACAUCGCUUCAGACUGCAGAUACAUAAACCUGAGAAGAGGCCAUCUGAUCUAUGUGUAUUCUAAACUCAAACCUGUAGAGGGAGCUGGAGUCUUCUGGUCUGGAAGUGUAUAUGGUGAUCGUUAUGUUGACCAGAUGGGACUCAUUGGAUAUUUUCCUAGUAACUAUGUAAAUGAGACACACAUAUUUCAGAAAAAAACUGUUGAGAUCCCAACUACAGACAUUGACUUCAUCUGCGAUUAAAGACAACAACAUGUACUAUUCUCCUUUGCUUUGUUAUUAUUUUGUAUAAAAAUUACAAAAAAUUCCCCUGGAAAAUUACAGGAUAUAAUGGUCUGUUUGAAUACUGGAUUCUGAUUGGCUGGAAGGUGUGCAUAAAAACAGUUUAAUGCACGGGUGUGAUUUUAUUACAUUUAAAAUGAUCUGAUGAAAAUAACUGUCAUUUUGUAAACAUCAAUAAGAGGUUUAACUUGGCAAAUGACCAUGGUAUAAGCGCGAUAAUCCCCGACUAGCUGUGUGUUAAAAGGGAAACUUUUUAAAAACUGAAAUUUCUGGCAGCUGGGUGCAGCUAGGACACCAGAAAUAAACUGCAAAAAUAAUAAGUUUCCCUGUAAAAUUGCAUGAUUAUGUAUAUGAACAUGUUACAUUACAAGUUUUUUCAACCAUAUUCCAAAAAUACAUUAAAAGAAAACCUGUAAAAAACAGUAAAAGUCUUUUUUUACAUUUAACGUGGAAAAUCUGAAAAAAAUAACAGUGUACAGUAUACAUGUGUUUACCUCUGAAAACAGGUACCACUGCCCAAAAACCACAAACAAGGAUUAUUUAGUUUUUGUGUUGAAAAUAUAUUUUAUGUAACUUAAUAGCUAUCUUACACAUUCAUUCUUUAGUUAAUCACCAUUUCUCCUCUUUCAUCUUCUGAAUGUAAAUAAAUGUUCUUUAAUAAUUUACAGUAUACACCAGAGGGCAGCACUGCAUGCUUGUUUGUG